CAGAUAUACACGCAACGUUACUUAGUGUAUGGAUUCACUCCAAGUACAAUUUCCUAACAAUCUUACAGAUGUGCACGGGGAUUGUAGAAACCAUACUAUGACCCCAAUUUGCACAGGGACAUCUGUUAUUGGGAUUAAAUAUAGAGAUGGAGUUGUUCUAGCUGCUGAUAUGUUAGUUUCAUAUGGCUCCCUAGCCAAAUAUAUGGAUUUCGAACGCAUGUUUAAGGUAAAUCAGAGCACAAUUAUGUGCUGUAGUGGUGAUAUGGCUGACUUCCAAUUUCUCAAACAUCACAUUGAAGAGCUGACACAUCAAGACAGUCUACUUUCCGACGGCUUUAGGCUGAGCCCUCAUGCUCUCCAUAGCUGGAUUACACGUGUCCUAUAUAACCGUCGAAGUCGUUUGCAGCCACUGUGGAACACCUAUUUGGUCGGAGGUUUGGAAGCAAAUGGCGAACCCUUCAUUGGGUAUUGUAGUAUGCUUGGUGUUUCAUUCACCGAAAAUUAUGUUGCGACUGGCUUCGGUGCAUACCUUGCAAUGCCUAUUCUAAGAGAAUGUUUGGAAAUAAAAGCAGGGGGUGAUCCAAACAAUAUAACGGAAGAAGAUGCUAUCUCAACAAUAACAAGUGCAAUGAAGCAAUUAUACUUUCGAGAUUGCCGUGCAUUCGAUACGUAUCAAAUGGCUGUCGUCAAUAAAGAAGGAAUACAAAUAAGUGGCCCAUUACGCCUGAAAUGUGAUUGGUCUAUUGCUGAAUAUGUAAAGGGAUAUGAUUAAAAGAUAUUUUGUUUUAAAGCUUCUUUUUAUGGGAAAUAAAUUUUUUGAUAGGAAAAAUAUUUUUCAGCCGGUAACUUUUGUUUCACAACUUACAUCAAUCCGUAUUUGAUGUUAUCAUUAUUGUUAAGUUUUUAAGUGUUCGAUAUCUUACUUACGCCUGUUUCUCUUAAUGGAGCAUAGGCCGCUGACCAGCAUUCUCCAACCCACUCUAUCCUGGGACUUCUUUUCUAGUUCUGUCCAAUUGUUGUUCAUUCUUCUCCAUCUCUCGACGUAAUGUGUUCUUUGUUCUUUCUCUCCUCCUUUGGCCUUAAGGAGUUGUUCGGAUAUAUUAACUUAUGAAUAAAUGGUCAGUCAGAUGCGAGCAAUAUUUGUAAGACAUCUGUGAUCGAAUACUAGUAGCUUACGAUUGUCUUCUACUCUAAAAGGCCAUGUUUCGCUGCCGUAAAGUAAAACAGAACGGACUGUCGCGCAGUAUACUCGUCCUUUUAUUGAUAGACGGAUAUCUCGCUUUCGCCAUAAGUGACGUAAGUUGGUAAAAGCCAAACGAGCUUUUCGAAUCCAUGCUGAGAUUUCGUCAGACACCAACCUAUUAG